CGGACGCCUGUGGCGAGUGCUCGUGUGAGCGAUGGACGACGGCGAGGACUACUUGGGGGCUCCGAGCUCGGGACCCGAGGUCAAGGGUCAGCAGGCGAUGGGAGGAGGCUGCGUCUUCAACAAGGCGGCGCCGGAGGUGGUGACCAAGGCGACGGCCGGAGGCAGCAGCGAACUGGGCGACAUGACCUUCUGCAUGGCCAACUACGUCAAGGACGCCAUGAAGAUGAUGUGUAUGAUGAGGAGUAAUCGAAUGCUAACUGAUGUGGUACUGGAGGUUGGCUCAGAACUCUUCCAUGCACACAAAGUUGUUCUUGCUGCUGCUAGUCCAUACUUUAAGGCAAUGUUCACAGGUGGUCUGAAAGAAUGUGAAAUGUCUAGAGUGAAGUUACAAGGUGUAUGCCCCACUGCAAUGGCUCGUCUCAUGUACUUCAUGUAUACCGGUCAGAUACGUGUCACUGAAGUUACUGUAUGUCAACUUUUACCUGCUGCAACUAUGUUUCAGGUGACUAAUGUGAUAGAUGCUUGCUGUUUGUUUCUUGAGCGACAGUUAGAUCCCAGCAAUGCAAUAGGCAUUGCUAAAUUUGCUGAGCAACAUGGCUGUAAAGAUUUAUGCCAAAAGGCAAAUCAGUUCAUUGUACAACAUUUCACCCAGGUCUGCCAAGAGGAAGAAUUUCUUCAGUUGUCAGCCAUACAGUUGGUUGCACUGAUCAAGAAAGAUGAGCUUAAUGUAACAGAAGAAAGAGAAGUGUACAAUGCUGUUUUGAAAUGGGUGAAAUAUGAUGAAGAAAACAGGUUCCCAAAAAUGGAACACAUUCUUCAUGCUGUAAGGUGCCAGUUUCUUACACCAAGCUUCUUACAUGAGCAGAUGAAGAACUGUGAUGUUCUAAAGAAAUUACCUGCUUGCAGAGAAUAUCUUGCACAAAUUUUUAAGGAUCUAACUCUGCAUAAACGGCCAUGUGUGAAGGAACGAACACCAAAUACUCCAAGAGUUAUUUAUAUUGCUGGAGGCUAUUUUCGAAAUUCACUUGAUGUAAUGGAAGCAUAUAAUGUGGAUGAUCGUACGUGGACAAAACUUGCUAGCUUAACUGUUCCACGAUCUGGUUUGGGAGGCGCUUUUCUAAAGGGAAUGUUCUAUGCUGUGGGAGGCCGCCACAACUCUCCAGACUCUAGAUAUGACUCAGACUGGGUGGACAGGUAUAAUCCUGCUAAAGAUGUAUGGAGACCUUGCAGCCCCAUGUCUGUUCCGAGAAACCGUGUUGGUGUGGCUGUUAUGGAUGGUUAUCUGUAUGCAGUUGGAGGUUCAGCAGGCUCAGAGUAUCACAACAGUGUUGAAAGGUUUGACCCUGAUGAAGACACAUGGACAAAUGUGAAGCCAAUGCAUGUGAAACGAUUAGGAGUUGCUGUAGCUGUUGUCAACAGGUUACUCUAUGCUAUAGGAGGUUAUGAUGGCAAAGCCAGGCAGAGUAGUGUUGAAUGUUAUCAUCCAGAGAAUGAUGAAUGGACUAUGGUGGCACCUCUUAAUGUCAGUCGCAGUGGUGCAGGUGUGGCUGCACUCAACCAGUACAUUUAUGUUGUGGGAGGUUAUGAUGGACAGCGACAGGUAAAUUCAGUAGAACGCUAUGACACAGAACGUGAUAUCUGGCAAUUUGUUGCAAGUAUAAGAAUUGCUCGCUCUGCUCUAAGUGUCACUGCUUUGGAUGGAAAACUUUAUGCUAUGGGUGGCUAUGAUGGCACAGCAUUCCUAAAUAUUGUGGAGGUGUAUGACCCUACAAGAGAUGUGUGGGAGGAAGGACAACCACUUACAAGUGGCAGAUCAGGCCAUGCAUGUGCAGUAUCAUAUCCACAAUGCCUCAUACACUGUGAGCACAUGGACCAACCUCUUACACUUAUGGACACACCAACUCCAACACCAGGGACCAGUGGUGCAAAUAUAUAACCAUGUGCAGUUUUUAGGAUUUUUGGAAAGUGUUAAGUGCUUGCUGGAAACAGUGGUUCUCAGCAGAAUGGUCUGAAUUGUCAUAACCCUGACCACAAAUAACUCUGAAAACAGUUUAACUUUUUGUGGGGUACAGUUUUACAAAACAUAACACUGUGUGUGUGGAUAAGCAUCAAUAUGUUAUUGCUUGUGACUCAUGCCAGAUGAGUAACUUCUCAAAGUUAACUCUGGAGAAGCAAGAUGUAUUAGAAUGUAAUGAAUCAGACAGAAGUGAUAGUGUAUAAAUAUUGUGCUGUGAAUUUUGUAGUUAACUAAAAUUGUGAAUGAUAAUGUUUUGUGGUGUUGGAAAUAUGUUUUAUGGUGCUUGCAUCAAUUGUAGACAUGCAACUAAUGACAAUUUUAAUAACAUGGAAAGGCUUUACAGUGAGGAGAACUUAGUGUCUCUUGUUGUUCCCCAGAUUUAAAACAUUCAUCUUUCUCUUGAACAGUUGUAAAAGACACCAGAACCAGGACAAUCAAAAGAAUAGUUCCAUGAAAUCGAAUAACAUUUCUGGCAAAAUUUUUACUUCCUUCAACAUAUGUUUGCUGUGAGAUACAAUACGCAGUCUUGUAAGUAUAAUCAUCUGAAGAGUCUGUGGGAGCCUAGCAGUUUUGAGAAUAAUGACUUUGUUGCACCUGUGUCCUGACAUUGAAUUGAUAUUUUAAUUAAUUUUAUCUGCCACUUAAAAAUCUUUUUUGUCAAAAAAUAGCUAUUACUGACUUCUGCUGCAGCAAAGUUUUUUUGGAGAGCUGAGAACUUUGUUACAGGUUAAUAUCAUCUUUAAGUAAAUAUAAAAGCAUACCAUCAGUGUGGUAUGGUGAUUCCUAAAAGACUGAAUUGUUAUUGUUGUUGUUAUAAUUAUUGUUAUUAAUCUUAUUAUUAUUAUUAUUAUUAUUAUUAUUUUCUUUUUUAGAUGUAAGCAGUAAACAGAACAUAAUGAUCUUCUACUUCUUGUUGAUCCUUUAAUCUAAUUACAUAAAAAGUGGUGCUGAAAUUUUUUGACAGUAUCACUGAAACUUUGUUUAACACUUUCAUUAUAUCUUUGUUUUCCAAUGUUACACCAGUUAAUAUGUGAUUCUUUGAUAAAUUGCAUCUCAUAGUCUGGGUUACAGACAUUUACAUAUUUGAAGUGAAAUUUUGGAAAUUCAAUAAUUGUCUUAAAUGCUAGUGGUGUUUUCAGUAUAGCAAUACAAACCAUAGGUUUCUUUCUGUGACAUCAGUUGUUAUGAUACAUGGAUAUAAGGGUCACAUUUCAGCAGAUUGUGGCUGUUGGUUGUGAUGUAAGCUCAUAUACUGAACGAACCUAAGGUUGGAUGUUUACUGAAAACUUCAAUUUUUCAAGAUAUAUGGAAGUGUUGGUAAACAAUAAUGUACCCUUUAAGUAAGCAUAGAUUGAAGAAGAAAAUAAAAGAAAAUUUCUCUGUGUAAAUAUUAAUUGGGACCAUCAAAAUUUUGAGACAAAUCAAGGAAAAAUGUGAAAUGUGCUUGUUUACAACCUGGACUUUCCUGUAUGCUUAUAGUUGUAUGUAGGGGCUGUUGUCGAUGUGUCUUAUUCAUAAAUGACAAAUAAACAGUUUUCUUUACUUUC